AUGUGGAAAAAAAUUCUUCACGAAUUUGUUGAAAGAUCGGGUUCCACCCGUACGGAAAGCGCAUUGUCAAGUUGGUGGAAACUUCUCAACAAAGAGUUGGGGAAAUGGAGAGAUGCCCUCACAAAAGCGAUGAAUAACCAUGCAAGCGGGGAAAAUCUAAGCGAUGAGAUUGUGCAAGCUCAAAUGUGGUAUGGUGCUAUUGGACAAGGGAAAAAAAAUUUCAAUCAUACCCAAUGUUGGGAGGUGGUGAAGCAUUGUAAGAGAUUUAACAUUAUUCCAACGGCUCCAACGGUGGUGUUAAACGAGACGUCACUCCAUGAUUCACAAGCUUUGGAUUCGCUUAUGGAAUCCCCUAUGAGUGAAGACUCACCCAUUCAAAAGGAGUCGAGGCCUAUUGGGAGGAAGGCGGCGAAGGCAAAGCGAUGA